GAGCUGGGUUUCGUCGCCGGCCUUCUGGAAGUGCUCGUAGAGGGCCUCCUUCCAGACCUCCAUCUUGGAGUCGGUGCUCGAGGUCGUGGCCGCCGAGGGCGACGCGGCCGGAGGGGUUGGGGCCAUUUCCGGCGGCUAGCUACGGCUUUUAUGCUUUUUUUCUUCUUCUGUCGUCCGUCUGUCUUGGUCUUUGGUUACGGGGCGGAUUCGUGUAAGAGGGCGAAGGUCUCCCGGAGGGAGGGAAGGCUUCGUACGAGGGAGUGGUGCUCGUGGCGCGGCGACGGGUUUGGGCGGGAGUGUGGUCAAGUUCGAGCGACUCUGUGGUGGGGGUUUUUUUCUGCCUGGGGAUUUUUUUCCCCUUGCGCUGUCCAAAGGAGGCGGGGGGGGAGGCCUUUGCGCCUCGGGAGAGCUCGCCGUCGACAAUGGAUUGGAUGUCGUGGUCGAUGGUGUUUGCCUACAUCUGCGAAAUAUAAGACGAGGGUAUUAGAGGCUCAGCCACGAUUGAACAGCAUUGGUUGGUUGCGGUGGAAUUCGGAACAGAGGAAGAUGCGCCAAACGGGUUCUGAGCUUGCGACGAGGCCGUGGAUGAGUGACUUGGGUCGGCGACGAUGGUGGGAUUCCAGAGGCUGGUUUACAGCGACCGGCCAGGAUGAUCGGCGCGGCGCAGCGGCGGAAAGAAAGAGGAAAAAAAAAAAGAAAAAAAAAGGUUGCCCCGCCUUUUGGACUUUUUAGCGGGCGACGGCGCAUUGAAUCAUUCGGACAGGUGAGGUAGGUACGUACCUGUGGCGGGUGGAGAGAUGAUGUAAAUAUGUGUGCUACAAUCAAACAGCUCGAUAUCGAUAUCUCUUUUCCCCAGCUGGAAAGCAGAGCCCAGGUGGUGUAAUGCUUUUGCUCUUAGUGGUCACUUGGAAAAGAGAUGAGAUCGUGGAAGUUGUUGUGCAAGAGAGUGAAGAGAAGCGUAGGUCGAGAUGGUCAGACCUGAGCCUGCGUUUUAUUCCCCUUCCUCGCCGCCUUGAGUGACUCACUACUUCUUACGGAGGUACAGAUACAAUAGUGACCAUACACAUUGACAAAAAGAUUUCACCGUAAAGGUUGCUCAACA